AUGACGCUCACUCCCCGUGCGCACCUCCCGUGCGUCGCGCGUGCAGAGGUGUCGACGUUCAUGCACGCGUGCGAGGGCGAGGCGGUGACGCGGCUGACGGUGGGAGAGAAGGUGCCGUACUUCAACGCGCCCAUCUACCUCGAGAACAAGACGCAGAUCGGCAAGGUCGAGGAGAUCUUCGGCCCCAUCAACGAGCCGGUCAGUGCGGUUGAGUGCGGUGAAGAUGGGUUGAGUGCGUAUUUUUCGAUAAAGAUGCAGGAGGGGGUGGUGGCGACGUCCUACUCGCCGGGGGACAAGUUCUUCAUCGACCCCAUGAAGCUGCUGCCGCUGCAGCGCUUCCUACCGCAGCCCAAGGGUGCCAGUGCAGGGGGGAGAGGGGGCUUUGGAGGCCGGGGAGGCAGGGGGGGUCGUGGAGGGGGGCGAGGGGGAUUCAGGGGAGGGGGAAGGGGUGGAGGAGGUGGGUUCAGGGGGAGAGGGGGAGGGGGAGGGUGCCUCAAUAUUCGUCUCUUCACGCGCGACGCCGUCCCGCCCGCCGCCAUGGACGCUCCCCCUUCCCCUUCCAACGCGUCCGUUCCGCGGUUCCUCUUCAUCUCACCCUCCGCCUCCUACCGCGACCACCCGCGCGGACCCCCUUCCCCGCCCUCCCCCUCCGCCACCGCAGCCUUUCCGCGCUUCUCCCCUUCCCGCUUCUCCCCCGCCCGCUCCAUCGGUGCGCGCCGGUUGCGCUGUCUGUCCGCGCGGGGGAAUGGCGCGGGGGAAGAGGAGCAUGCGGAUGAGUACGGGGGGAGCGACGAGUCCGGGGACGACGGCGGAAGCAUGGGGGGAGGGGAUGACUUGCGGAGAGACGGGGGAGAUGCGGAAUAUGCGGACUAUUAUGCAAGUGGGCGGGUUAAUUCGCACCCGUUAGAAUCACACCGCACGCCUAGUCACUCCCCGGGCUUCAGUAUACCUUCCGCGCAGCAAGCGCGCAGCAGCAAAUCGGUAGGCGACACGUCAGCAGAACGGGAGGGCUCCGACGAAUAUAACCAGCCCAGUCGAGACGACGAUGAUCCCGAACGAGAAGCGGAGGCUCGGGAAGCAGCAGGGUUGGGUUUGGGGGACGAGGAGUGGCUGGGUGUGUCGGGGCAUAGGGGAGGCGGCAGCGGGGGAGACGGAAGGGGGGGCGGCGGCAGCAGGGGAGGCGGAAGCGGGGGGGGCGGAAGCGGGGGAGGCGGAGGAGCGCGGGGGGCGCUGGAGGUGGCGAUGGAGAGCCGGUCGCUGGCGAACCAGCUGCUGCGCGCCGAUGAGGAGGGCCGCCUCCGCUGCAAGCUUGCAGCGCAGCGGUGGCCCCAGGACGCUGAUGUCUUUCAAAAGAUUGACGAGUACUACUAUAAGGGCACACUACUGGAGUCGGACGUCAGAGCCGUCACCUCGCCUUCUGCCCUCCAGGUAUCCCACGCACAACGCCUUCCUCUUUCACCGCACACCUCCUACCUGCCUCACCCUACACCGCCUCCUUCCCUCGCCCCACGCCUCCCAUGCCCUCUAUCCACUCUCUCCCCCCUCGUCCUUCGCUGUGCAGUGCAGCAGAGCGCAGUGAGGGACGACCCUUGGGGUUUGUCCGCCUUCUUGGGAGGAGGAACUGCCUCGCUGGCAGCUGACGUGGAUGCCAGACAGCAUGCGACCGAUGAUAGGCCGCCAGCUGGCAGGACCGGGGGGAGGAAGCGGUCAGCUGCUGAUGCGUUUGAAAGGGGGAGGGAAGGGGGGUGGGAGACACAGGGUAGGAUGGAUGGGAGAUGGAGGAGAGGGGAGGAUGGAGCAAGGCGAGCAGCAGAGGAGAGGGAGAGAGUGAGGGAGGAGGAAGAGGAGAGGAGGAGGGAGGAGAGGGAGGCGGUGUGUGACGAGGCGGCCACCCUGGCGUGGAACAUGAUUGGUCGAGCGCUGCUUGCGAGUGCGAAGCAGCAGGGAGUGAAGCUGCUGGGCAGAACCGAGUCGGCACUGUUCCAGAUCACUCUGCCGCCCAGUCUGGACAACUCAGGUGCGUGA